UCAAUCUUUGUUUUCUGACCUGCCUUAGCAGGUUAUAUUGCUGAAAAAUCUCCCGUCUCGUUUCGAAAUUUCGUGAUUUUAAUGGUUUUAGUGUUUUAAAGGGCUUGGUAAGGUUACGUUCCCGUGUUGCAUUUGUAACAACAGUCAAUGUUGCCAAUUGCUUGGCUCAUCUACAUCUACAGUCUCCUCCAAAAUUAUUGGAACAUCUUCUUCUGUGAUGAUUUCCAGGAUUUUACGACCGCCUCUUCCUCUCCUUCAGUCUCCUCUUCACUCUUCAGAAUGUCCCACUAUACAGACGAGCCCCGCUUCACCAUUGAGCAGAUUGACCUGCUGCAGCGGCUACGCCGCACAGGCAUGACCAAACAGGAGAUCCUCCAUGCCCUGGACACCCUGGACCGGCUGGACCGUGAGCAUGGCGACAAAUUUGGCCGCCGCACAGCCUAUGGGGGUGGGGGAGGGGGUGGAGGUUCCACCACUGGUAACAGCAGCAACCAUGGAAACAACACUACAACCUCCACAUCCUCGUUCACCUCUGCCAAUGUGGCGGCCUCCUCUUCCACCGCCACCACGGCCACUCAGACCCAGUACCGUGGUGGGCUGUCGCCAUCGCCCAGCAACAGCUACGACACAUCCCCUCCCCCUCAGGCCGCCGUCUCCUCAGCGGUCUCUCUGGUGGGCGUGUCCCAGAAUGGGCGAGAUGGUCUGACUGGGGUCGCGCCAAAUGGCAAGCUCUCUCCACCCCGUUAUCCUUUAAACAGUGCCCGCGGUUAUAGCUUUGACGCGGCAGAGGAGGAGCUGGACAUCGACGACAAGGUGGAGGAGCUCAUGAGAAGAGACAGCGGGAUGGUGAAGGAAGAAAUCAAGGCUUUCCUGGGAAAUCGUCGCAUAUCCCAGGCCGUCGUCGCCCAGGUGACAGGCAUCAGUCAGAGCCGAAUCUCCCACUGGCUGCUGCAGCAGGGCUCAGACCUAAGUGAGCAGAAGAAGAGGGCGUUCUAUCGCUGGUACCAGCUGGAGAAGACCACGCCUGGUGCCACUCUAAACAUGCGCCCUGCCCCCAUGGCUCUGGAGGAAGUGGAAUGGAGACAAACUCCGCCCCCCAUUAGUUGUGCCCCAGCCAGCUUCCGCCUGCGGCGAGGCAGCCGCUUCACAUGGAGGAAGGAGUGUCUCGCUGUGAUGGAGAGCUACUUCAAUGAAAACCAAUACCCUGACGAGGCUAAGAGAGAGGAAAUUGCCAAUGCCUGCAAUGCUGUGAUACAAAAACCAGGAAAGAAGCUGUCAGAUGUGGAGAGAGUCACAUCCCUCAAGGUCUACAACUGGUUUGCCAACAGACGGAAGGAAAUCAAGAGGAGAGCCAAUAUUGCCACAAUCCUAGAGAGCCAUGGGAUAGAUGUACAGAGCCCAGGAGGCCACUCCAACAGUGACGAUAUCGACGGCAACGAUUAUUCUGAGCAGGGCUGCGAUGUCCCCUAUUUUGAAAAGAGACCUCUGCCUCGACCCUUUGGUUUCUACAGACUUGAACCCUCAUCACCAACACAGGACGACAGCACCAGCCACAGUGACCACCAGGACCCCAUUUCCCUGGCCGUGGAGAUGGCCGCUGUCAACCACACUAUCCUGGCCCUGUCAAGGCCAGGGGCUGUCUCCGGGGACAUCAAGACAGAGGCCCUGGACGAUGAUUGAGGAGACUGAGACU